AGAGAGAGACGUCAACACCACAGAGAAGUGGCAAGUCAGAUGAAAAUAAGAGGAGGGGCCCUUAAUGCCAGACCCAGUCACAAAUCGAGGCAUUUCAAACAGGAGAGACAGAUAUAGAGAGAAUAAGAGCAAAAACUGGAUUAUUCUGUUUGCAAACAACUCUCCACCAUACCAGUUUAUCUCUGCUUUCAACGUGCCGGGACCAGAGAAUGACAGAGGAAGCAGAAGCAGGAGUCAACCCAUCGUCAGCCUCUGGGUCUGAGUCACAGGCUCCACAUUUUCUACAAGAUGUCAUCUUCCAUGGCAAGUUUAAGUUGCUGAAGGCUCUAACUCCAGAGGAAAACACUCACUGUCAAGAUGGCCUCUACUUCCAGGAUGGUCAGCGGCGUGUCGACUAUGUCCUUACCUACCAUGUGAAAAAGCCAGGAGGGGGCCGCUCUAGUCGACCACCAGUGUCCUUGCUGACCGAAAACGCUGUUGCCCGCAGUCUACGCCGUGGCCCCAAGAAACGUGACCAACAUCUUCAACAUCAGCAAGCACAAAAGACAAGAGACUCAUCAUCUCCGCCAUUAUCACAGGUAGCUGAUGUGGAGCUGGGUUGUCCUGAAGAGACCUACAACAACCAGGAGGACCACAAGGCCUUCAGGAGGGAGGAGUUUGAAGGGAACCUGAGAGAUACAGGGCUGGAGCUGGAGAAAGACGAAGACGCCAAGAUUCCAGGGGUGGGCUUUUUGAAGAUUCAUGCUCCCUGGAAUGUUCUUUGUCGAGAGGCUGAAUUCAUGAAGCUAAAGAUGCCCACUAAGAAGGUGUUUGAAAUCAAGAAUUCAAGCGGUGUUACGGAGAAGAUCAGCUCUCUGGUCAGUAAAGUUCUGGAGCCACUCCACCCUCAAGUUGAGGAACAUCAACCCAAGAACAUCAAACAUCUGUCACACACUUUCUGCAGAGAAAAACAACACCUGUUUGACCUCUCAGACAAAGAUUACUUCUUUGACAGCAAAACCAGGAGUUCAAUAGUUUUUGAAAUACUAAAAAGAACAAAGUGCAAGGCCAAGUACAGCAUGGCAGGUUUCACCAGCCUUCUUGGUAGUGGUGUCUAUACAGCAGCUUACCCUCUCCAUGAUGGAGAUAUUAAUGAGGAGAAUGCAGAGCCCAAUGACAGGAAGCUUUUAUAUGAAGAGUGGGCCAACUACAGUGUCUUCUACAAGUACCAGCCAAUUGGACAUGUGCGGAAGUAUUUUGGUGAGAAGAUUGGUCUGUACUUUGCCUGGUUGGGUCUGUAUACCCAGAUGCUGAUUCCUGCCUCUCUAGUGGGGGUCAUUGUCUUUCUUUAUGGAUGUGCAACAGUUGAUGACAACAUACCAAGCAUGGAGAUCUGCCACCCAAAGAACAACAUCACCAUGUGCCCCUUGUGUGACAGAGUGUGCAGCUACUGGAAACUUAGUACUGCCUGUGGAACCGCUCGGGCCAGCCACCUGUUCGACAACCCUGCCACUGUUUUCUUCUCUAUAUUCAUGGCUUUGUGGGCUGCCAUGUUCAUGGAGCAUUGGAAGAGGAGGCAAAUGAGACUGAACUAUGAAUGGGACCUGACUGGGUUUGAAGACGAGGAGGAAGCGCUCAAGGACCACCACAGGGCCGAGUAUGAAUUUAGAGUCAUGCAGAAGUUUAUGAAAAAAGAUAAAAAAUCACAACACAAGAUGGAAAAGCUCAGUUGUCGAGACCGUUUCCCUGCCUACAUGACUAACAUUGUUAUGAUUCUGUUAAUGAUUGGUGUUACAUUUGCCAUUGUGUUUGGUGUGAUGCUUUACCGGAUCUCCACCAAUGCCGCGCUUUAUAUGAGCUCCAAUCCAGUCACACGGAACAAUGCACAGCUGACGGUCAAAACCACUGCAGCCAUCAUUAACCUGGUGGUCAUCCUCAUACUGGACGAGGUGUACGGAGCUGUGGCACGAUGGCUCACUGUGUUAGAGGUUCCUAAAACAGACAAGAGUUUUGAGGAACGACUCAUCUUCAAAACCUUCAUUCUCAAGUUUUUCAAUGCUUUCACCCCCAUCAUCUACAUUGCAUUCUUCAGGGGAAGACUGGUGGGCAGACCAGGCAGCUACCUGUAUGUGUUUGAUUUCUACAGAAUGGAAGAGUGUGCCCAUGGAGGCUGUCUGAUGGAGCUCUGUAUCCAGCUGAGUAUCACCAUGUUGGGAAAGCAGCUCAUUCAGAACAACCUUUUUGAGAUCGGAAUACCCAAGCUGAAGAAGCUCAUUCGUUACAUUCGGUCAAAGCAAGGUGCUUUUCAAGAAGAUGAGAGACAGAAGAAGCUGCAGAGAUAUGAGACCGACCACUUUCUGGAACCGUUUGUUGGAUUAACGCCUGAGUAUAUGGAAAUGAUCAUCCAGUUUGGUUUUGUUACAUUGUUCGUGGCAUCCUUCCCCCUGGCUCCGCUCUUUGCUCUGCUCAACAACAUCAUUGAAAUACGACUUGAUGCCAAGAAAUUUGUGACUGAGUUGAGAAGACCAGUGGCAGCAAGAGCCAAAGACAUUGGUAUAUGGUACAACAUUCUCAGAGGGGUAGCAAAAGUGGCCGUCAUCAUUAAUGCAUUUGUCAUCUCCUUCACCUCAGACUUCAUCCCUCGGAUGGUCUACCAGUACAUGUACAGCCCUGAUGGCUCCAUGCAUGGAUUUGUCAACCAUACACUGUCCUAUUUUAAUGUCAGCCACUUCCAGGAUGGCAAAGAAACCAUGGAUCCAGAAUACCUUGGCUACCAUGUUGAGAUUUGCAGGUAUAAGGACUACAGAGAACCUCCUUGGUCAGACACUCCAUAUGAGAUCUCCAAGGAAUUCUGGGCAGUGUUGGCUGUCCGACUAGCCUUUGUCAUUGUUUUCCAGAAUGUUGUGAUGCUGAUGAGCGACAUUGUGGACUGGCUAAUUCCAGAUAUCCCAAAGGACAUCAGCCUCCAGAUCUACAAGGAGAAGAUUCUAUUGGCAGACCUUUUCAUGAAAGAAGAGCAAGGCAAGGCCCAUAUCCUUGAGAGCAGGGCCUCAACAGGGGGCAAAGACAACUGCAGCAGGAGCAGCAGCAGCAACAACAACAACAACAACAACAACAACAACGGCUCACCCAUGCUCCAGACUGCACACCAGUAGCACCAAAAGCAUCUAAUGGUAGUAAAAAUGAGGUUUUGGCUCAGUCUUAGUUAGCAAGUCAAAGCUUGCUAGCAGCCUGCUCACUCAGGUUCACCUAAACUCUUAUGUUUUAGUUCUUGUUCAGGGCAUUCCAAUAACUGGGAGAGCAGCUGGCUGAUGAGGUGUGAGUAAAGUAAAAGUGGGGCCAACUAUGUUGUAGGGUUGAACAUACUGUAUCUGACUAUCUGAAUAUUUGCUCAUUGGGUAGGUAAACGGUUUUCAAUUUUAGUAUUUAAAUAUUUGAGACCCUCCACUGCUGCCACAUAGCAGUGCCAAGUGACACCUACAGUCUUGUUAGCAAAGCUCUGUGUGGAAAUCGUUUAGGUAGCAGCUUCUGCUGAUAAUUGCUUUUUCUAGUUAAAAUGACAACCAGCUGGGUCAUACCAACUGUUGCUAACUAAUGUUAACUCUGUGACUUAAAUUAAUGACAGGACGAAGUGUUAGUGGCUGUUGUCGGGUUUGUGACCUCGCUGCAGCCGGUGGACAAGCAGACAACACUCUGUUGCAUUUGUUUAUGAGGUAAAGAGGUAUUACUCUGUAACGGCACUGAAUAAUCAGAGUGAACUGAGUGCCUCUCUGUCAUUCCAACAACUCCAACAGAGUGAGAUGUUUUCACCGGUAAAACUCUCAAUCUCACAUCAAUGGUGGAAAUACAGCACAUUUUAAGUACAUGCAAAUGGUUAUGAACAUCUAUCGUCUGUUAAUCUGUUACAUUAAAUAUUAGCCAAUAACUCAUUAGCUUUUUGUUUUGUUUUUUAAAUCCAAUGUUCUGCCAGAUGGGCAAAGAGGUACUUUUAGCUGCAGGGCACGCAGCAAAUUUUCAAAUAUUAGCCCAAUUAUUACAAGAGAAUAUCCAGAACCCAAAAAGGGACAGCCCUACUAUGUUGCAGUGGGUGUCCAGAGUUUUGAAACUGUAUGACUAUAUGUAUAGAUUUGUGAAUGUGUACCAGAAUUUCUAAAUGUGUACACUCACAUUUCAGAAUGUGCAUAUACAUAAACUGUCAGGAAAGGCGUGUGAUGCUGCCGACUUUGUCAUGGGUGAACUCUAUUAAAUGGCCAGAUGAGGAUAUGUGCAACAAAACCAUCUCUUUAAUAACAGCACUAACGCUGAACAGAAAAACAAGACAAGACAGGGUGUAACAUAAAACGCACUUACGGGUUGGUAUAACAAU